GUCCACUCAAGGUAGCCACUGCUCAUACCACUAUCUCAAUAACCUCCUUCCUGUCCAUCUAACCUUCAUCCUCUCGAACAGUCUCUAUUUCUAGUAUACUUCUGUUGGGAUAGAUCGUUCUCUCGCCGUCUCCUACCACCAUGACGCUCUCUGAGGAAUUCCGCUCGCGAAACUUCAGUAUCUAUGGACAAUGGACUGGGGUGAUCUGUAUUGUCCUGUGCAUUGCGCUUGGAAUUGCCAACAUCUUUUCGCCCCCUGCGCGCAUCGUCUUCAGCAUUCUGUGCUUGAUCGCCGGCGUGGUCCUUAUCUUCGUUGAAGUUCCCUUCCUACUUCGCAUCUGCCCGACGUCCGACAAAUUCGACAACUUCAUCCGACGAUUCACCACGAAUUGGAUGCGCGCCGCUAUGUACCUCGCCAUGAGUGCAGUCCAGUGGAUCAGUCUCGUCACCGGCGCCUCCAGCUUGAUUGCCGCGGCGGUCAUGCUCCUGAUUGCCUCCCUCUUCUAUGCCCUGGCUGGCGUGAAGAGCCAGGACUUUGUUGGUAGCAAGACGCUGGGCGGACAGGGUCUAGCGCAGAUGAUUGUUUAGUCAGGUUUCGUGGGAUAUGGCAUGAAUUGGAUUGGUUUCGGGUGCUGAUCUUGUCCUGCUAGCCGUGGGAUCCCCUUGCGCCCUUUGCGACAUACUCUCAACCGAUAUAGCGGAGUGGCUGUGGACACGAGGCAGAUAGGGGAACACCACCAUCCAAGUCCAAAUCUGGAGGAAGAAAGGAACGUUUUGCGCUGAAAUUUCAUGGUUACGAAUUAAUCCGUUCUCAGCGAGGC